AAUGAUGGCAAAGAUUAAUAAAACUAAAAGCUGGUACUUUGAGAAGAUAAACAAAAUUGAUAAACCAUCAGCCAGACUCAUCAAGAAAAAAAGGGAGAAGACUCAAAUCAAUAGAAUUAGAAAUGAAAAAGGAGAAGUAACAACUGACACUGCAGAAAUACAAAGGAUCAUGAGAGAUUACUACAAGCAACUCUAUGCCAAUAAAAUGGACAACCUGGAAGAAAUGGACAAAUUCUUAGAAAAGCACAACCUUCCAGCACUGAACCAGGAAAAAAUAGAAAAUAUAAACAGACCAAUCACAAGCAUUGAAAAUCCAACUGUGAUUAAAAAUCUUUCAACAGAGUCACUGUCCUGCUGCCAGCUCCUUCGCAGGCCAGUCCGCGCCCCACCCAUCUCAGCCAUGCUCUCCUCCCUCGCCCGGCCUGCCAGUGCCACUCUCUGCUGCAGCUUCAGCACCUUGGCCCAGAACAAUGCUAAAGUAGCCGUGCUGGAGGCUUCCAGAGGAAUCGGGCAGCCGCUUUCACUUCUCCUGAAGAACAGCCCCUUGGUGAGCCACCUGACCCUCUACGAUAUUGCUCAUACACCCAGAGUGGCUGCCAAUCUGAGCCACAUAGAGACCAGAGCGACAGUAAAAGGCUACCUCGGACCUGAGCAGCUGCCAGACUGCCUGAAGGGCUGCAAUGUGGUGGUAAUUCCAGUGGGAGUCCCAAGAAAACCAAGCAUGACCCGGGAUGACCUUUUCAACACUAACACCACGAUUGUGGCCACCCUGACUGUUGCCUGUGCUCAGCACUGCCCCAAGGCCGUGAUCUGCAUCAUUUCAAAUCUGGUUAACUCCACCAUUCCAAUCACAGCAGAAGUUUUCAAGAAACACGGAGUAUACAACCCCAAUAAAAUAUUUGGGGUGACAACCCUGGACAUUGUCCAAGCCAACACUUUUGUUGCAGAACUGAAGGGUUUGGACCCAGCUUGCGUCAACGUUCCUGUCAUUGGCGGCCAUGCUGGGAAGGCCAUCAUCCCCCUGAUCUUGCAGUGCACCCCCAACGUGGACUUCCCCCAGAACCAGCUGACCACCCUCAUUGGGCGGAUCCAGAAGGCCAUCAUGGAGGUGGUGAAGGCUAAGGCCGGAGCAGGCUCUGCCACCCUAUCCAUGGCAUAUGCUGGAGCCCGGUUUGUCUUCUCCCUCUUGGAUGCGGUGAACGGAAAGGAAGGAGUUGUCAAAUGUUCCUUCAUUAAGUCCCAAGGAACGGACUGUCCAUAUUUCUCCAUACCAUUGCCGCUGGGGAAAAAGGGCAUCGAGAAGAAUCUAGGCAUUGGCAAAAUCUCCCCUUUCGAAGAGAAGAAGAUCGCUGAGGCCAUUCCUGAGCUGAAAGCCUCCAUCAAGAAAGGAGAGGAGUUUGUAAAGAACAUGAAGUGAGAAGGCGGUUAGCGAUCAGACCGUCUCCAUAACUUAUUAAGGUGUCGUGUUGCUGUAAAGCCACUUCAGACACCAUGGUCUUCUCAGUUUGCUUUGAUGAUGAGUAUUGUAUUAGCGAACUACCCCUUCCAAAUCUUGGGUCAGUCUGUUAGUGCAUCAAUAAAACCAGG